ACUACUAUUUUAUAUUAUAGUACCAGUACUAGCUAGUAACUAACGAUCACUUUUUCAUCCACAAUCAACUUUUUCCUCACUUGCCUCCAACCACACACCAAAGCAACCCAAGCUACCGGUACUAGUAUCGUUGACUAUGAAUGCGACCAUGGAGUUCCAAUCGACCAAGAGCGCUCCUUCCACCACAUGUACUACUACCACUACUGCUACUACUAGUGGCAAUCGCCUAUCCUCAGGAUGCUUUCGCAGAGGAAGCGGUACUCGAAGCAGUAGAGGCUUUCUGGGUCAAAAGACAGUAAACAACGGCAAAGUCAGCGCCAGAAGAAGUAGCUAUUCGGCUCCUUCCUCCUCUACUGCUAUUAAUAGUAGUACCAUCAAUACAUGUAGUGGAAAACCAAGAAGACGAUCCACGAGGAGCAAACCUCUCAUUCCUGCCGUUUCCUUGGUGUGCGUGGAGAUUCUACUCGAAGACUUAGAGGAAGGAGAUUGGAAGAGCACUCGUAAUUUCUUUGCGCAGCUAAGAUUCCACAGUCAAGCCAGGAGAACCAAUAUGGACCAGCUCGCACAGGCUUAUCGCAACUCGAACUCCGCGAACUGUUCGGCCGAGUUGUCAUUGGAAACACUGGCAGCUUGGACUUUGGCCGAACCCGACAAUCGAGAUGCGCACUUGUUGCACGGCAUCUUUCUAGUCACGGCGGCGUGGAGUGCUUUGCAAAAGUCGGAUCAGGAAGCCCAGUUUGUCACAUUCCAGAAUCAGCUUCAAAACGCAGAAACGGCUCUCGAUAAGGCAAUUGAGAUUGAUCCCACGGAUCCUCUGCCUUAUGCCAACAAGAUUACGGCAUCCAGAGAACUUCAAACGAUCAAGACCACGUUCCAACAGUUUCAAAACAAUUGUAAAAAAGACGACAGACACGAUCUGGCCGUCCAUGAAGCCAUGUUGUACCGACUUUCUCCCACUUGGGGAGGAUCCAACGCAGAGCUGCUACAGUUUGCCAGAACAGCCACCAUCCAGGCAGAGUCCCCUCCACCAGUGGGGCAUCCUCUGUGGUCCUUGAUGGCCAAGGCGCACGUGCUUGCCUACCAGGAAAAGCUACGCAACGACAAGAGUGCCAAGCAGAAGAACGUCGGUAGUGCCUACUGGAAAGAUGCGGUGGUUAGAAAGGAAAUUGUCAAGGCAUAUCGAAAGCAUCAGGCAGCAUCCUCGACUAAAGGCAGUGGCUUGAUCGUACUCCCCACCACGAACAACAAUCAUAGCGGUCUGGCCAAGGAGGAGGAAGACGACGACGACGACAACAAAGAAACACUGGCACGAUCACACACCAACUUGUUUGCCUAUUGUCUCUACAAGUGCAAGGCGUUCUCCGAAGCCUACAACGAAUUCAUCAAGAUUGAAACACAACAGGAACAAAAACCCACACAGGAACCGUGGAAUCUAGAGUCCAACCACAACUGGAAACAAUUUUACCAACAUGCACAUGACAAGGUACUCCAGCACAAGGCUAACAAGCGGCACGAGAAGGCCGUCAUGUGGGAUUCGUCCACUACAUGCACCAACGAUUGUGCAUACUCCCAGUAGUCUUGUUGGAUUAGUUGUUGGGGACUCGUCUGGUGCAGCACUGUAUUAUCGUGAAUAGUACAUGUAAUACUAGAACAAUAUCAAUGGAUAGGAGGGCUGAUUUUGCAGCACUGACGACGACCGAGUGAUCGAGUUCCCUGGAUCUCAGGUCCUGCCCCUUGGCUGUGCCCGAGCUCAUGACAUAGUGUAGAUGCGAACAUCGUAAGAUGUGGGUCGGAACCAGCCCAAUCUCCACCCGUUUCCGUGUUCAAAGCAGUCCUUGACGAUACUAGUACCGCAGACAGAAGACACAUCCGUUAAUGCAACACACAAGAACCACUCAAUCGAUUGUUCGGCUUGCGUUAAUGCAUCCUGCCCUCUUCCUAAGCAACCCGUCCUCCCCAUAGUUCCCUCUAACCCAUAGCAACGUCUCGAUUACAGUACACAAAUACACAAGAACCACUGCAGCGAACGGCCGUGAGACCUGUGCAAAGCGGAGCCAGAGAUACCAGUAUCAUUGGAACGACAACAAUUCGUGAACGCAAUGGCAAAUAAUACCAGCAAUCACAACACCUAGGUUCCUCAUGCCCAAAGUCAACACGUUGGCUUUUGCAAUGGCCACAACAUACAUGUUGAAAGAAUGUAAACUUAUUAAAAAUAAAAAUAAAUAGAUUUCAC